CAAUCUGAGUCUCAGAAUCCCCAAACACACAGUCUGUCCUUCUAGUUCCAGAUCCAGAAAUUGUACAACAUAACACUGAACCUUUUCUCCUACCUCCCUUCAGAUAAAAAGCUCACCACCACCCGCAGCCUUCAACCAAACUCUCACUUUCAACCUGGACUCCACUGUUCAAAAGCCAACACCGUCUCAGAGACUGAGAUUUUCCCUCUAGCAAUGCUCAGUUUACGAGCAUUGCAAUCAACAAUAUGGAGAAGCUGCCCUUCAGCCAACUCCUAGUUCCCAUCCUUCUCACAUUCGUCCAUCUCUCAGCAUCACAGAAGCAAUGCACCAGUCCUCCAGCAGUGAGAGCUGGCUUCUGGCUCUCAAAUUCCAACCACUACUCUUCUCUUUCCAACGUCUCGUCCUCUCUCUACACUCAUCUCCACUACUACUCCCUUUCCAUCAACGAAACCACCUUUACAGUCUCUGUCCCUCCACAAGACCAGCUCCCCCUCCUUGUAAACUUCUCUGCUUGUGUAAAAUCUGACAACCCUUCGAUCAAGACCCUGCUCUCCAUUGCCACCGAUGAUCAUCGAAUCAAUUCUUCCAACGCAGCUUUCUCUACAAUGGUGGCGGACAAAACUCUACGAUCAGCAUUCAUCAGUUCCACCAUAGAACUAGCAAAUGGACAUGGAUUUGAUGGUUUGGACUUGGCAUGGCAGUUUCCAUCUUCAAUGUCUGAUAUGGCCAAUCUCGCGCUCUUGCUUUCUGAGUGGCGAGCUGCUGUCAAUAAUACAGCAGAAGAUUCAUCGCCAUCGCUCCUACUGACUGCCACUGUGUACUUCUCAGGUCAUGUCUUUGAUGGGCCAACAGAUGAUCUUGAUUACCCGGCUAGCGCAAUUUCCGAGAACCUGGAUUGGGUCAAUGCUCUCUGCUUCGGCUACCACAAAACCAACGAGCUUAUUACCGCAGCUGAUGCUCCGCUCUAUGAUAAAACCACCCACCUCUCCACGAGUUACUGCAUAGAGUCAUGGCUCGAUGCUGGUAUUCCUCCGUGUAAGCUGGUAAUGGGAAUUCCGUUGUUUGGUAGAUCUUGGUAUCUCAAGAAUAAGGAGAAAAAUGGACUGGGUGCCCAAGCUGUGGCUGCUGGUCCAAGAGAGAAACUAAGCAACCGAACUGGAGUAAUAGCAUACUUUGAGAUCAAACAGAUCUUAAAGGAGACAACCCCUUCUCUUAGUUAUGAUAACCGAACAGUAUCAUCCUAUUUUCAUAAUGGAGGUUUAUGGGUCAGCUUUGAUAGUCUUCAAGUGGUGGAUGAGAAGAUCAAGUUCUCUCUGAGGAAUAAAUUGUUGGGGUAUUUCCUUUGGCCCAUAAGCUUUGACGACUCAAAUCACACCAUAUCAAAAAAAGCUUCUGGUGCAUGGCAAAUAGCUAGUGCUUCUGGAGAAGGGAAACUUGGGUACGAAGAGGCACCGUCACCUCAAGAGUUGAACGCUCAAGAUCUGGCUCCUACCCAACAAGAAGACAUAUCUGAUGCUAUAGCAAGAGACCCUCUGAUGAUUUUAUACAUCUGUAAUUCAUUGUUUCUCCUUCUCAAUCUUGUAAGAAUUUAAGUUUCAUAAACAGUGUAAAAAGAUUAACCAUUCA